UUCCGCGAGUCCGCGUGCGAGAAGGUGCGCCGAAUGCGCCUGUGCGCGCGGAGUCGAGCGCUUGUCUGUCAAGCAGCCAGGCGCGUCGUGUGCACCCAGCUGUCUGAGCAGAGCGCACGAGGUGCCGCCCUUGUACGAGCCUGCUGCUUCGGCGCUGCUGCAGCGGCGGCGGCUGAGCACCGAACGACCUGCUCGCGUCCGUCUGGCUGCGAGUCCCCCUCCUCAACGCACUUUCUGUUCUCGUAAUCGUGCCGGUGUUCGCUCUUCUCCGUGGUCUCAAAAGUGGUGGUGGUGAAGCGACUCGAGUGAGCCAGACGAGGCUGUGCCUCCUCCUGCGGUUUGUUCUUUCGCACUCUUAACGUGGGACCGCCCGCGCCUUCUUCGACAUGAUGAGGAGGCUUGAAGCCGCGUUCCUGGGCCGUAAGGAUGAUCACAUCAGCAACGAGAGAGCGGCGGCGGACCGACACGGGGAUCAGCGUGCCAAGCGGGAGAUGGAGUUGCGGCGGUUGCUGCAUCAAGUGCGCUGCUGGCUGCGGGUCAUGUUUGUGAUCGCCAACAACCUGUACUGUAUCCCCACCUACCUGGUGUGGAUGUGGGUGGUGUUCUAUCCGCUGCGUGUGCUCCUGCCGCCUCUGUACUGGGCCAUCGAGCGCCAGCUAUUUCGGCUUCUCCUCCUCAUGGUCUCCUUUUGGAGCUGGAGUGCGGAGUACUAUGUGGACGAAGUUGGGGAGGACGUGAGCGAGUGCUACGGUGACCGCACACUAGUCCUCGUCAACCACCAGUCCACGGCCGAUGUGCCGCUGCUCAUGGCCUCCUUUCAAGGGAAGCGCUCCGUCACCGAGCACCUCAUGUGGAUCAUGGACCGCCUGUUCAAGUACACAAACUUUGGUGCUGUCUCCAUGACCCACGGUGACUUCUUCAUCACACAGGGCAAGGACACUCGCAACGUGCAGUUGCAACGACUCAGGGACCACAUUUCAGAGGUGUACCUUCGCCGGGGGCUCAAGUGGAUUGUCCUCUUCCCCGAGGGUGGCUUCCUGCACAAGCGGCGCGCCACCAGCCAGCGGUAUGCCAGGGCCAAUGGCUACCCCAUCCUGGAGCACGUGACACUGCCGCGUGUGGGCGCUAUGAAGACAGUCCUCGAGUCACUCACGGCAGAGAACCUCGCCAAGACUCACAAGGGAGAGGAACCACUCAAGUGGGUGGUGGACAUCACUGUUGGCUACCCGGACAUGGGCAAGCCCCUGGACCUGUUCAUCAUCUCGGGCGGUUUCCGCAAGCAGUGCGUCGUCCACAUGCACUACCGGCGUUUUCCCAUUGCAGAAGUGCCCAUCGAUGACUCGGAGGCCCUCACGAAAUGGCUGUACGACCGGUGGGCGGAGAAGGAGGACCUCUUGGACAUUUUCUACCGCACGGGGCGCUUCCCGGGGCGGCUCCACCAGGGCAGUGGGGAAGACGGCGGCAAGAGCCUCGCUCCUCUGCGCGAGAUGCCCCUGCGCGUCGACUUCAACAUCGUCUGGAUUGUGCUCGUGCAUGCCUUCUUCAUCAUGUCGACGCUGUUUCACGUGGCCCUGUGCCGCUGGCUUGCCUCGCUCGUGCCGUUGCCGUUCUGGUGACAGUUCCUCGCUGCGAUGAUGGAAACGGAGAGUGCGAGAGCUGCUGUGGUGCGGACUUCUGCGUGGUUGCACUGUGUGGCAGGGAUUUUCGCAGAGCGGCCUCAAAGGUGGCAUGGUUUAGGCUCUUGAAAACAUGCGCUCCCUUCUCCCUUGAAGGCUUGGUUCUUUCGGAGCUGGGAGGUUCGAGCAUUGUUUGCAUCUGGUUGUGCAGGAAGAAGCUUUUUUCCCCAGGGAGGGGUGGAGCUGUUCCGUGGUUGAAGGCUCUUGGAAUGCCCCGGUUGCUAGUUGAAAAAGUGUUGAAUGGGGUCCGAGGCUUGGAAAGCCGGGUGACUACAUGUGUGUGUGUGCGUGUGUGUGCAUGUGUUUGUGUGUCGGGCAGUCCUGUGAGAAAUAUGUUAGGAAAGACAGUUGAGGUGUGAAAGUGCUUUGCGGGAAAGUGCUUUCCACUAAAUGAAAACCCGAGGACAUGCCUGUAGUUUGGUGUGGGAAAAUUCAGGCUGAUGCUUCACAUUGUGCUGAGGAGGGGCCUGGAAAACUGGGAGAGAUUCCUUGCUGAUGAUUGGAGACAGCAAGCAGUGAGGAAGGUAUUGGGAAAGUUGGUGAAAAUGCUCGCUGAACCUGGGACCAGCAAAUUCGAACAAGCGCAGGCUAAGAGCCUCGAGCAUGCCUAGCAAGAACAUUAGGAAUUCCAUUCAGUGCCGAAGCCACUUAAAUAUGGGCUCGCGCAAGAGUCUGUCAAUAUGUCCUGCCGAAUUGGUCUGCAAGAAAAUGUUGUAAUGAUAUAUAUGUACUUGGAAGUAAGUUGCAUGACAGACAACAUCAACUUAGUUUUUAUAGGUUGUAUGCGAUAGUCUUAUCAUCCUUUAUAAAAGUCAAAACAAGAAUGUUGCAGGCAUACCAUAAUAACUCAUAUAAUGUGAGCAUCACUGUAAGCAUCAUAAUAAGGGGCAGUUCUGGUGCUAUUAAAGACAAUACCUAACCUGCAGAUAUUGGCAGACGAAAGAUUUAAGUGACGUACGCGGAUCGGGAAAUAUUCCUGACGCAAACCUCCUUGUUUUCAGCUUCUGUGGCAGGUUCUAGCUAUGCCAGAAAAAAAAAACAAGAUGCAAAGACUGCUCAUCUGAACUCGUUUGCUCGUCGGCUUCCUUGAGUGUGCUUGAGUCAUUUGAGCCAACUUAGCCUUAACUGAAGCCUAACUGCAGGCAUAAUUUCUCAGCUAAGUUGAAGCUAUGCCUGACUUGGCAGCCGGUGAUUGAUUACUGCUUUCACUCAUAGCCUCAAUUAUCAGUUACUUGAUUGUGCACAGAAGAUAAUCUAGUUAUUAUUAUACUUUGUUCUUGUCAAAACUGCCUUCAUUUACUUUUGUUUAGCUCUAUUGGUUCUAGCAUUUGUACCUCAGCUGUUGCUUUUGGAUAACACUGCAGUGAAUUUUGCAACAAGUGGGCAUUUCACCGGCAGAUGGCAGCAACUUUGUCAGGAGUUUUAACAAUUUCUUCACUGCUGUGCCGUGCAGCCAUUCAUGGAAAGUUUCACUGCCCUGAGGCAGCCAUGAAUAAAGAUGCUUGCACAUUGAAAAAUGCUCAUUUUACUCCUGAUAAGGAUGGCAGUGGGUUCGAUUUUUGAGCGAGACCUCAAAUCUGUGUGUCAGCUAAGCACCUAAAGUCAUUAGGAUCUCAAAAAUGAAAUGUUAAUUCAAGUAGCUAAAAUCCAAAGAGAAACCUCGCACUGUAUGCAGGUAUUUAUAACAUUUAUGAUAUUCUGGUGCCAGCUUUCAAGCAUCUGAAGAUAUUUCGGGUGACAACCCCUUGUGGCACUCAGAAGUCCAGCGGAACAGUUCAUUAGUAGGAGCUCACAGGAAUUCACUUGAGAACUAAUAGGAGAGCAUCCACACUCAUUAAAGUGCUCCUGCAAUGUACCUACCAGUUAAUCAGCUUCUGGAAGGCCCCCAACUGCAGCGGGAGCACCCAAGUUUUUGUGUAGCUCACUUAUUGUAUUCAAGCUUAUUUCAGCGCAAAAGAAAAAAGGUGAAAAAAGAAGGAAUGACAACUAUGGAGGGUGAGACUGAAGGGCUUAUUUGUCCCCCUGCAAGUGCAAGCUUUGAAAUAAAACACUAUAUUCGUCAUUUGAUAGCGCAUUUGUAUCGCAACAGACAAAAUUUGUUGUAUGCACAAUGCUCUUCCGUGGAGCAGAGAUAUUACGAACGGAAACAAGAAUGCCUCGCCUGACUCGGCCUCACUGAUGGCAAUUUCAGGUAGCUAAGCCCUGUGUGACAUGCCCAGCAUCAUGCUACAGGAGUGCGACUCCGGAGCAACAAGCCCGCCUUGAUGUAGUCCACGAAAACGUCCAGGACAAUUACGAGUGUGGCCAGACUGUGGCCAUGUGAUGACUGUGCGACUCCGUUCAUCGGGACCGUUCGCCGCGCCAUGGUGGCAACCAGUUUGGACGCCCGCGACGACGGAACUAGAGUUCGACAGAUGUGCUGCUGCUGUGUUGAGCGACCAGGUGGCCACGCUGGCAUGCUUGGCUGCAACGCUUGAUUGUCUGUUUCGAGCUCGCAGAAAUGUGAUGAUUUGACGCUGGUGCCUGAUGAAAAAGCGACUGGGAUUUCGUGGUGUACCUCGGUGAGAUGUAAAUUACGAAGGUUUGCCGGGGCAAAAGAGACGUACAGUUUAUUGGGCUGUGAUUCACGUGGAGACGUUUAGCCAUUACUUUUCAGUUUGUUUGUCACAAGAAAGAACUGAAUGCUCGCAUUUUGACAAGCCCAAGCUUUUCUUUCUCUGGCGGUGUCCGAGAUUCGAGUGUUGUGGCUUGAGCAUUUUGAGUUUCAAAAAGUGGGAAGCCUUUGUCGUGGGAGUGAAACGCACAGGUGUCAACUGUGGCGUAAUUAUGGCAAAUUGUGUUGCUGUUACAUUGGUCUGUCGGGUUUUGUUUUCUGCACGCUGUGGUGGACAAUCUGAUGCAAUUUGCUAGCAUGUAAGAAGCACUGCUUUUUAGUUAGUGUAGUACCUAAUUGUUGGCCACAAAGAUAGCGCAGCACUUUAUUUUUUUCUUCUUUUGUUGUUAAUAAGGAACUCGGAUGCCGGGAAACACAUUCCCUGACUUACCAUCAUUCUCAGUUCUUUUAAAAAAAAAAGAAGCCUUGAGGCAAAUUGUUUUUGCUGUAAGAAAGACUUUUGCUCGCAGUUAUCGAGUUGCAGCCUCGUCAAUCUUGGAAUGAGUGCCAUGUCUUUUAUUCUAGCCAUUUUCUCACUACGACACUUUGAUUUUGAAUCUUUGUGCUGGUCACGCUAGUGAGCUCAUGUUAUUUGGUUUGUACAUUCAAUUGUUGUCGCUGUUGAUUGUCUUUUCGUGGGUGUUCAUGAAGCAAUUUUUUUUUUUCUCCUGAAGACCAAAUUGUGGAAUGUUUCAAGGGCACCCCGGCCGAUGUAUAGUAGCUGCUUUCAUUAAAAUAGGGAGAUUUGUUCCCGCUGUGGGCAAGACACAGGUCAAGCAUGCAUACAAUUAUAGCUGACCUAUACGAGAGCACCUGCGCAUCGAAGAGUUAGCCAUUCAGAGCUAGUCGCAAAAUUGAUAAGAUAAGCAUACCCAGUUUGCACAAGGUAGUAGACAAGGCCAAGGACACUUGCCCAUAGUCUGUGCAAGGGAGCAUAGCGUAAGUAUGUGUGGCAGUACAUCAAAAUGACCAGUUCGUGGUGCUUUAGCGUGUAUAGGACCUAUAGCGUUCACUUUGAUUAGUUUAGCAGGAUUCUUCACACUCUUACGAAUCAUGGCACUGUAGCAUGCAGAAGGAGACCGUGAACUGCACAGACCGUGAUGGUCUGUGCAGAAAUAGCAGCAGCCUGUGGCUUAAGGUUUCGGUAGAUGCAGUUCCGUGCAACGUCUUUUUCAGGCUCGCACCUUACGAGGAGUUUGCAUUGUCUAGCACUUGAACAACAAAGCUGGGCUUAUUGGUACAAAUGCUGCGACUCGUAAUUUAGCAGUGCUAAAAACAAAUAAGCCUUUGUGGUGACUGCGACCUGCUGUGCUUGUGAGUAUUUGGUGGGGAUGCCAUUCAUUUGUAAAGAAAAACUUGGGUGAGGUUUGGCAGAAUGUGUUCAAAUUUGUGACUGUGCUUUUACUGUGCAGUUAUACAAACAGAUUGAUAAGCUGUUGAGAGUACACCAGGUGUAGUCAGGGCUGUAUCUGGGUAAGAGUGAGGUAAGGUUCUUUGAGCUGUGAUUUGUGUAGUGGUAUAUGCGAGUAUGGGAGAAAACACAUGGAGCAGUUAUCCCAUGUGUUUUGCUGUCUCUUCUUUGUUUAUAGAGCCGGUGAAUUAUGAAUUGCAAUACUUUGAACAAAAGUGUGAGAUUCCCACCACGCCCUGUGCUGUUGCCACAGGCUGGCAUAUGGACUGCUCGCAAGUGUCACAAGCUGCUUUGUUUUUCUUUUGUUUUUUUCCAUCAACUCCAGCAUCCUAUGAUAAGCUAAGUCUUGGGUUGCCCGUGAGUGACUUGUGUCAGCUGUGCUCUUGCAAACUUACGGUGAAAGUGGUCCUGUAAAUGAAUCGCACUAUUGGAGCUUGCCGACUUUGACUGGCGCAAGAUUCAUCAAGUCUGGCAAGGGUAAAAGUGUGCACCCCAAAAUUGCAGGGACCAUCGCGCUUGGGGAUCACCGAGAAGUUGCGACUAGAAAACUCUGCACAGUUUCGAGGCAUAUCUAGGGUAGAAUUUUGCUGAGCUCGACACUCUUCGCAAUUGCCACCCUUUAGAGUGUAUUUUCACCACACAAAAUCGUCGACGUGUGCAUUUGUUUCACUGUGGCAUGCCUAGUACUUUAAUGGCAGGAGCCUAGGUCCCUAGGUAUCGUAACUUACGGACCUAGGUGCCAGGUAUCCUUGGAGUCAGGUACCGAGGUAUAUAGUAGUACCCAGUAUAGGUUGCCAGGUCCUUAGGUGCGAAAUGCGAGGGUACACGUAGCAGUCGUGGCUGGAUGCAUUGAUCACUCGGUGUAAAAAAAAAAAAACGAAUGAACAGAAGGUUCACACCGAUUAUCACUUUGUGGCAAAGUUGCACCUGAAGGGUGUGCAGCGUAGACACCUGCAGGAAGAGCUGUAUGGUCGUGUCAGUGUGUACACUGCGCUUAAGUGAAUUAGGUUUGCGAAAAGGACUAUGUUCUGGAGUGUAAGAGAAAGGAAGGGAAUGCUAAUUGGAACCAUCGGUUUCCUUUUGCACUUGCACUCUGCAGUGCAUGUUGACUUCUCAUGAUUUGACUGCCACCGCAUGUCUUGUUGGUAUUCAACAAAAGUUUGUUACACUUCAGUGCUAUUGCUGUACAUAUGAAUGCGUCUUUUUUUUUCUUUUUACUGUAUGCUGCAUAAAUAUGUUACUUUCGUACAGAGAGUGCAUAAAAUUUCACGAAUUGUG